GCCGCGGCCAUAUUGGCUGAGGACUCGAAGACAAAGCCACCUGGAGACACCGGGGCGGCGUCAUCUGGGCAGGAUGGCGCGGGAGCGAAGUUCGUGGGGCCGCGUUGCCGCCAUCUCUUAGGAAGGCAUCUUCCAGUUCUGGUUUUCGGUGCACCUUCAGCCACCCGCUCUUAGUGUUCAGCCACCCCCGUGGGCCCUCGAGGGGCCGUUCCUGGUCUCCCGGCCUCACGACGGCGCCCCGACCCUCGGGCCCGGCCAGGGAGCGUUCUGGAUCGCGGAGGCUCCGCGGACCCCGGCGGGUAGGGGGUGGCGCUGGCCCGCCGCCGGGGUGGCACUUACGAUGGCGCCGCCCCCGGCCCCGCUCCCCGCGCGGGAACCUAACGGGGCCGGGCGCCAGGGGGGGACACCCGAGCCCCUCAGCUUCGCGGACGUGGCCGUCUACUUCUCCCCGGAGGAGUGGGGGUGUCUACGGCCCGCGCAGAGGGCCCUGUACCGGGACGUGAUGCGGGAGACCUACGGCCACCUGGGCGCGCUCGGCUUCCGAGGCACCAAGCCAGCCCUCAUCUCCUGGGUGGAGGAAGAGGCCGAACUGUGGGGUCCAGAUGCCCGGGAUCCUGAGACGGGAGAGUGUCUUAGAGAAGCAGACACAGCAGGUUCCAGAGACAAGGAAGAGAAAGGACAAAGAGAAGGGACCGAGACACUGGGGAAGAUCCUUUCUGUGGACGCUCAGCCUCGCGGGCUGACGGCUCUCAAACCCUUUUCUGCUGGGUUUUCUUAUGGUUGGGAGCAGCCAUCGAAGGUGCCUCGCCGGGGUCGCCCACCACUCUGUGCCCAUCCCCCGGUCCCCAGGGCAGACCAGAGGCACGGUUGCUACAUGUGCGGGAAGAGUUUUGCUUGGCGCUCCACCCUGGUGGAGCACCUGUAUACCCACACGGGCGAGAAGCCCUUCAGUUGCCCUGACUGUGGCAAGGGCUUCAGCCAGGCCUCCUCUCUGAGCAAGCACCGGGCCAUCCACCGAGGGGAGCGGCCCCACCGCUGCCCGGACUGUGGCCGGGCCUUCACCCAGCGCUCCGCCCUCACCACCCACCUCCGGGUCCACACGGGCGAGAAGCCCUACAGCUGUGCUGACUGCGGCCGCUGCUUCAGCCAGAGCUCCGCCCUCUACCAGCACCAGCGGGUCCACAGCGGCGAGACCCCCUUCCCGUGCCCAGACUGUGGCCGCGCUUUCGCCCACGCCUCAGACCUCCGGCGCCACGUGCGCACCCACACAGGCGAGAAGCCCUAUCCGUGCCCAGAUUGCGGGCGCUGCUUCCGGCAGAGCUCCGAGAUGGCGGCCCACCGGCGCACCCACAGCGGCGAGCGCCCCUACGCCUGUCCGCAGUGCGGCAGAUGCUUCGGCCAGAAGUCAGCCAUGGCCAAGCACCAGUGGGUCCAUCGGCCCGGGGCAGGGCGGCGCAGGGGCCGGGGUGCCAGUGGGUUGCCUGUGCCCCUGGCCUCUGGCCGAGGGGACCUGGACCCACCCGUGGGCUUCCAGCACUACCCAGAGAUAUUCCAGGAGUGUGGGUGAUGGCCUCAACGGUGACAAGGCAAAGGGCUAGACAUUGUCUGAGGCCCAGGGUGGCCUCAGGGGCCUGAAACUCUGGCAGCUCCGGGGAGGCCACAGAAUUCCCAGCCAGAGCUGGACCUGGGGGAGGAGGACUGUUUCAUCUUAGGCCCUCACGAGCUUCAUCUGCUGAUACCUUGUUCCCUACUGUCCCAGACUCUAGAAGCCCCCUUUGCUGAGUUAGGGCUGAGGUUAGAACCCCCACUAGACUUCCACUGUGGGGAAGAAAAGGCUGUUUCUAAGAGGAUUGAGGUGGAGAACUUUGUUUUACCCACUGACUUUACUGCAGAAGUUAAAAACUGAUGGCCGGGUACUGAAUGUGGUCUCUAGCAGCCUUAAAAAAAAAUUCUUUUUUUUUAGCCCAGCCAGCAUUUUUAAAUGUUAUGAAUUAUUGGUUAAGAUUUAAAAAUCAGGAUAUUUCACACAAAAAACCAGGUUUCUGGCCGCUCUUGAAAAAUCCGAAGAUUUGGCAACUCCACCUGAGCUCCCACAAUACCACAAUUGGUGGGAGCUGAGGGGCAGUUGCCCCUUUGGAUGGAGACCAGGCUCUCCAGUUCAGCAUGCCCGCCACUCCUUAUCACCUCCUGACCAGUGUCACCUGGCACUCAUCAUGGCUGGCAACAUCUCUGGCAAAGCAGGCCCUCUCCAUCUGGCAUUUUUCUACUCAUUUACAUGACCUGUUGGGUUCCUGUAGUCAUUUGAGUUUGCAAACUAGUCUACAGCAUUCAGUUGUUCUUGAAUCAGGGAUUCGGGUAGAGAGCGUAUUUGUGAAAGGGUGGCAGGAGAGAAGUAAAAGGAGGCUUUAUGUUAGAUCUUGGCUCGUAUUGCAUUUUAUGGUUGACAAAGUACUGUCUUGUCCAUCAACUCUUCACCCUCAUAAUUGCCUAUGGAAGGAAGCAUCUUGCUUGGAGAGGACAGCCCAUCAGGAAGAGGCAGUCAGGACUGAAUUUUUUGCCCCAGAUGGAGUGGUGUCUCCACCUCAGCACCACUCAGCUGACCUACACUUCCUGUUUUUGAAGGGGAGGGGCCUGAGAGACCCCUCUAGUACUCCUUGGGCCUCCCUGGGAGCGCCCUAUGGCUCAGGCUUUGCUAUUCUAGGCCCAGCCAGGAGGGCCUCAUCACAUUUUUGAACUGGAAGAGAUCUUAGCUUUUCCAUCCUUUUGCAUUUGGGGGCACUGAGACCGGGGAAAGCUGAGCAACCUGUCCAAGGUCACACAUGGAGUGAGAUGCUAGGAUUCUUUUGUUUCCUGCUGUCUUUACCAUACCACUCCUGAGUUCCUUGCCAGUGUCUCAGCCAGGGUUCUGGAAGCAAUUUCCCACUCCCUGAGAUGACACCCAGGCACUGACCUAGACUAGGGACAGAGCAGCCCAGUGUUAGUGAAGCCCAGGUACAAGAUGAAUGACAAAACAGCCACAUAGCCAACAAGGCAAGGGAGAAACCAGCCUUAGAUGAGAGUUCCAGGGCCAACAAAAUCAAAGCUUGCAUCUUCACUCUCUUUAGGACCUCCAUCACCGACAAAGGGGGACAAGGCCAGGAACACUUGGGGUUAGUAGCCGGAGGGAACUGUACUAUUCGAUAUUCCCAAGCUCUGCACAGAAUCCCUCCCCCCUCACCCUGUGACUCCAUCUACCACUCAUUCCUUUGUGGUCAGGGUCCAGCCUUGUCCAGGUGAUGGAAGCAGCCAGCCACGUGCAGACCCUUUCUUACCUCUGGUCAGGAUGACCCGUCCCCUCAAGUAGGAGUAGCAAGGACUUAUGUCCUCGGUGACCUGUGUGCACUUCCCUUCUGAGAACUCAGCCCUGUGUCUGGCCUUAGGAAGAAACCAGAUUUGUCAACCUAAAACCUCUAAAGGAAGAGGUACAAGACUUGGGGAAAAAACACUGUUCAGGUAAAGUGAUGAACUGACUUGAUUCCAACCUAAUCUUCCAAUCUGACCCCACCAAGAUCUCUCUUAGACUAAACUUCACCAGGAGGAUUGGCUCAUAUGCCACCUGUCACAGGGGGAAUGUGGGAGUAAGGAGAGGCACCUUGGGAGUGAGGAGAGGCACCUUGGCAGUAGUAGCUACCUCUGUACCAGCUUUUAUUCCCCUAGAGAAGCCAGUGGCCAACCCAUCCUUCCCUUGCCCCUCAGCACUGCCUGGGGAAAGCGCAACCUACAGUACCACUUCUCAGGUCAGCCUCAAAGCCAGAUCUGGACCCUGUCUGAGCUUGCCAAUUAAAGGUAUAAUUACUACUUUCUCUGAGUGCUCUGAAGUUUUCAAGACUUGCAUAGGGCCCCCAAACCAGAACCAACUCCUCUGCUUCCUGCCCUGGUGACCCAAUUUUCCCCCCACUUAAUAUUUGAGUAUCAUGGAACGCGUAAGCCUCAGCCUCACCCCCUUCUUAGCUCCUCACUCCUUGGCACGGAUACGUCCCCUAAAGGUAAGGCUCCCUUUUCUCUCCGCUACCACAGGUUUUUGAGGCUCAGCCCCUGAAGCAAUUUAAGCCAGGAAGAGGGUUUUCCUAGGGCUUCAUUGGUGCAUCAGGAGAAAUGCUUGUCUGCACCAGUGAAAACAUAAGCCCCAUCCACAUGGCCAGAGUGAGAGGUCAAGGCCAUGACCACAUGGCCCCUUCCUAGUUUGUCCAAGCCAUGUAAAGGAUAAGUAUUGAUUUGAGCUCCAAAGACCCCUAAAUUUGGGGGAAAUAUUUGUUUAUGUGUAUCUUUCUAGGAACAGUACGUGCAAAGACGUUUAUGACUCAGAAGC